AUGACGCUCCUCGACGAAACCAUGGGUAUGCUCGUCAUUGGAGUCCUCAUCGCCGGGGUUCUCUACGGAGUCUCUUGCUCGCAAAUGUACUUCUACUUCUCACGCUAUUCCCGCGACCCGAUGUACAUGAAGUUGCUCGUAGUCGGGGUCUGGGCAUCGGAUACGGUUCACCAAGUCCUCAUUUCCCAUGCGCUGUAUUGGUAUCUGGUUACCCACUACGGCCAACCUGCCGCUCUGACUAGGCUUGCACCCACGAUCAUCGUUGAGGUGGUCGUCCAAGCCGUCACUGGUCUCCUCGUGCAGUGCUUCUUUGCUGUGCGCAUCUACAGGCUGAGCAGGAAGAAUUGGUACCUGACUGUUCUUGUCGGCUUGCUCAUCGCCGCCGAGUUCGCCGUGUCUACAGCCUACACUGCCAAAGCUCUCCGAUUCAAGAGCUACACUGAGCUCAACGAGGUCAAAGUGCUCUCCAUCAGCAUCAACGCGUUUGCUGCCGCCGGAGAC